AUGCUUCCUUCAAUAAUUACUCAAGUUUUCUUUCUUCCAGUUAUCUCUGCAGGAUUUUGGGAUGAUAAGCACACAGUAGAAUUCUACUCAGACAUCAUUGAUCCAGAAACAACCCUUCAAACUAGCUUUUCAAGACCUGAUGGUACUUCAAUGCAGGACACAAUUCAUCCACAACAUAUCAGUGAUGAUCAAAAUUAUUUCAACCAUGAUAUUUCAUUUGGAUGGGAUGAUGUCUGUUCCAAUCACUAUCAUACACUGGACUUCCAUUCACAGGAUAUUCUAUUUUCAAUCCAAGAAUCAAGAGCACAAAUUGAAAAAGAGAUAGGAUUGGAAACAAGUGCUACUCAAGUGAGAAGUAUCUCACCAAGAGGAAAUUUAUCAAUUGGUAAAAUAGGAAACAGUUUUGGGAGCACCAAUACAAAAAUUUUGAAUGAACCCAUUCUGAAUUUUGAACAACCUUUGAGGGUUUGUCAAGACUCUGAAACCAUGCAGGUGAGAAGUAUAUCAGCAAGAAAAACUUUACCAAUUGAUAUCAUAGGAAACCAAUUAGAAAACACCAAUCAACACGGAUCACUUGGGGCUCUAACACCAUCUGAACAGCCUGCAAACAUUGGAACCAAACAUAAGCCCAAUAACCUUCCUGCAGCAAGCCAUCAAAAGAAACGCAAAGCAAAUGAUACAUCUCAGGACAGAAUGCAACUUGAGAAGAAAUUACAAGACAUUAACUACCAGAAGCAUCACUACUAUGUACAUGAAAGUACAUUGAGCUCAGUCCUUCAAUGGCAAUGUAGACUACUAUUAGCCAAGAGAUACAAUGUUUCUGACAAAAUUGGUGAUUUUUUCAAAAAUUUAGAAAAAUCCUACAAGCUCAUGCCAGAUCAUAGCUUAUACAGACUCAGAAAUUUCAGUCAAUUCCAUAUAUCUAUUGAGAAAUUGAGGACCAGCCUUGUAAUGGGGAGUAUAGGUGCUUUGAAGCUCAUAGUCCAAAGACACAUUGGAUUGGAAUUGAUGAACUCGUUGAUUCUUGAUUUAUGGGAAUAUCUUCAAGAGUUUAUCAAUGCUGAGUUAAUGUUGUCACCAAGAGAAACCAUUAUAAUGCCAGCUAAAAAUCAAAAAAGACAGAAACACACUCGUAUCAAACGUGGAGAACUCCUUGAAUAUAUAUCAAAUCUUGCAAAGAGCUCUCCAAUAGGAUCAAAAAUCAUACACCAAACAAUCCAGGAUUGGGCUACCACAACCACCUAUAAGGAUAUUAUUUCUGGUAUUGCUACAGAUUAUGGGUCACUUGUUGAAGAAUGUGAGAUAUUUUACAAACAAAAAGGAGAAGAAAUGACUAUUUAUUACAAAAACAAAAACAAGGUCACAAAUCACCACAUAAUUCAAGACGACUUAACCAACACAUCAACAAGAUAUGUCUCAAUCCUCUCCUCUUCUCAAUUAGUCCAGGUUCUCAAGAAUAUAGGAUCAGAUGUGCCUAGAAGUGAUGGCACUCUGACCUUCUUUUCACACCUUCACAGUGCUAUAGAAUCCAUCCCCAACCCAGAAAUGGGUGCUUGCAACAAUUCAAAGCAUGUCGAGGAAGGAGCUCAGAUCUUAAACAAAGAUAUGGUUCACCAGGCAAUACAUUUAGCACAAAAUGAAGUGACUCCAGCAUUCAUGGGUCUUUUGCGGCUGAUGCAUCAUGAUCCAGCAAUAGACACUGAUACAACUUGGAAUGCUGUAUCUCAGAGUGGUUGGGAAUUCCUGAAAGAGUAUUUCUCUACAUGGAUUAGAUAUCUUCCAGAAAAGGGUCACAAAAUAUUGUUGACUCCUCCUGGAAAAGCUAGGGUGACACAGGAAUGGUUUGAUUUAAGAUUAACACUGAACUAUCUAAGCAAGAAAAGAGGAGUCAACAUGGUACCACAAGGUCUGAUUUGGUAUCUGAACAGAGGUGUCUCCAAAUAA